UAGCCGAUACAACAGAAAGAACAAUCGCAAAACCGGAAACGGGCUCAGUGUCACCGGCGACAGAAGGCUUUACUUCCAUGAGCUCAAAACUAAUAAGCCUAGGGUUACCAGUCGAGCGGCACACGUGUCGGUCACCAGAGAAGGGGGCCAAACAAAGCAAAGGCCUCCUAAUGAAAACUCCAAAAAAUUCACGUCAUACACUGCAACAAAAUCGUUUAAAUUGAUUGUAUUUUCUUCUUCUUUGUUUAGAUUUGGCCGAUGUGUCCUUUGGAUCGGCCAUCUUGCCUUCGUGUGUAUCAAAAAAUAUAAUUCCCCUGAAAAAUUUGAGGCUCUAUCUGAGUCAUUGCGAAAUCGAAAUAGGUUUCUGUAAAUUUUUCUUUUCGGUAGUUGAGUUAUUUUGGCGGAAUCGAAUCAUCUCAUCCGAAUUCAUUUUCUACGAAUGUAUUGUUUUUCAACAGGCAUGAAAAUAAAUGCAAAAAUCGUGAUAAGUUUUGGUAAAAUUAAUGCGGACCAUCAUAUUUUGGUUUACAUCUGAAAUAUGUAGCAUUUGCUAUUUGAGAUAUAUUAGAUUUGAGCAAUUUUAACGGGAGCCUCUUUUUGUUUUAUUAUUUUGUGGGAGUUUGCUCUCGUCUAUAAAUGCGGUUAAGAUUCCGAUUCUGAAGGCACAUUUUGGCAGCAGCGUUGCAGAGGCAUUGUUUCGGGAAAAUCUUGACCGGCGAUAUCUUGUUUCUGUGCAGAUUGGUAGAGAUCAACCGGGGCUUGCUUUAGAAGAGAUUCACAAUAUUUGCGGCUGUAACCUUUUGUAAAAUUAGCGCGAUCUGGAAAUUUGAAGGGAAUUUUCUGGUUUUUGGGCAAUAUUAAGGGAAUUUAGGGUUUGUGAUGCAUAGUAAUCUUGAAAUUUUUGUAAUGGUGUGAUCUGGUAAGAUUUGGAAUUGAAUAAGGCUGGAUAUUAUGCCCUGGGCGUUUGAGAGCCACGGAAUUGUGCGCUGAACGUUGUGGAUGAUAGAGUUUAGGAAGGUGCGGUGCUGACAGCGUUGCCAAGGGUUUUGCGGGGCAGAAAUUGUUGAAGUACCCUCUGUAUGCAGAGAAUUGAGGUGGUUGCAGCAUCAUUGCCAUCGUCCCUGAAGAGCCAAGGAAAGCUCUUCGAUGGCCUCCUCACAAGUUGGGGCGUCUCCAGCUCCUUCUCGCAAAGAGAUGCUUGAAGCUGGCAAGCGUAAGCUACUAGAGUUCCGUAAGCAGAAAGCGGAAGAGAGAGCCAAAAGGGCUUCGGCUUCUUCCACUGAAGAUUCUCAGUCAUCUAGAAUUAAGAAUAGUCAUGCUGUGCAGCAGUCUGCAGGAAACGUGCCUACAAACACUGAAGAAUUAAAUGGAACUUCAUUUGAGAAGAAUCCCAAUAAAGAUCCAGAAAAUUAUGUUUUCCAAUCCUCACACACUACAGCUUCUGCUGUGCCUUAUUCAGUAGCCCCCUCUAAUGAAGGACAGGCACCUGAAGUAUUUGUAGAUAACCAUGUCAAUGCGAAAUCUUCAGCAGGAGAAGACAUUCACGGUGGAACCACAACUUUGAGCAUUGUGCCAGAUCCAAUUUACGGUAGCAGCUUGCAGAGACCUUCCAUUAAAGAUAAUGAUGAAUCUGACAGACGGAAUAUUCUUUCUUCAAAUGAGUUUGAUUCAGGCUAUAUGAACAUCUGGAGAAGAUCAUCUUUAGAAAAUUCUUCAGAGUUGCCAAGACACCAAGAAGUUAAAACUGUAAGUGAUGUACCUAAUGUUUUUCUUCAGGCAGCUAAUAUCUAUUCAAAUAGAGCAGAACAGGCAUCUAUGAAGGAUGAAUUUCUUUUAUCCCAAGAGAAAAACUUUAAAGAUAUUCAGUUGGGUGAAAGGAAUGGAAGGGAACAUGAGUUCAAAGAAAGAAUGCCAGUUGAACAAGUUUCUUCUAGGCUUUUCUCCAAGGAUGCAGAGGAGAAUGUUCAGUAUAGAGAGAAAAUGCAACCCAUGACACACCCAAGUUUAUUGCAUUUGGCUGAUGAUGCUGGCAUGAGUCAGAUGGAUAGACAUACUGGUUCUAAUCACAUAACCAGUCAUAUGUUGAAACCAGAGUUUACUGCAAACAAAUUUCCCAAUGAGCAUAGGGCUUUUGGCAAUGGUAAACAUGGGAAAGAAGAGACUAUGAUGUCAGGAGAAGGGAGUAAACUCUCAUCUUCUGAUAGGAGUAACAAUAGGCAGUCACAGAAUCAAGGCUCACUUGGUGCAGAAUUAUAUUCUGACACUAAAAGCCAACCUAGCAUGGGUUUGUUCUCAACAGUUAACAGCCGGCGCUCACGUCCAUCUUUCCUGGAUUCUAUUGCCUCAUCUGCAUCAUCUACCACAACACAAGCUGAAUUCGAUGCUUCAGAAAGGCCUAAGUCUACAGGAGAACUGCUCCACACAGAAGCAAAGAAUAUUGCUGAUCUUGAUGCUACAAGGCCUUUGCAGUCUAUGAACAACGAAAAGGAAGCUUCUAAAAAGUUAGGAUUACAUGAUAGGGUGCUCAACCAGCUUGAAUUUUCUUCAUCCCAAAAAAAUGAUGAUUUUGGAGCACUUGAACAGCAUAUUGAAGAUUUGACACAAGAGAAAUUUGCUCUGCAACGAGCUCUUGAUGCUUCAAGGACACUAACAGAAUCAUUAGCUCAGGAAAAUUCAUCCCUCACAGAGGCCUUCAAUCAACAGGGUGCAGUUGUAAGCCAAUUAAAAUCUGAUUUGGAAAAACAACAAGAGGAGAUCAACGCUCAGGUGUUAGUGCUAAAUACAUUUAAAAUGGAGUUCGACAAUGCACAGCUUGAGUGCAGCGCUGCAGAUGAGCGGGCAAAGAUGCUUGCUUCUGAAGUCAUUAGUCUAGAAGAAAAGGCACUCAGAUUAAGAUCAAAUGAAUUGAAGUUGGAGAGACAACUGGAGACCGUAAAUGAUGAAGUUGCUUCCAAUAGAAGACAUAUUUCUAGUUUGGAGAAGGAGCGUUUAGAUUUACGGUCUACUAUUGAUGCAUUGCAGGAAGAGAAAAAAUUAUUGCAAUCUAAGCUUCGUAAGGCGGCUGCCAAUGGCAAUUUUGAUUUACCUGUGCCUACAAAACCUUCAAAAAAUGUAAAAGAAGCAUCUACUUCAACAGAGGAUAUUGGCAUUGAAUUAUUUAAUUUUCCAGGUGGCAACGGCUUAUUUUUGGGUAGACAGGAUGAUUUCACUGCCGUUACACCUAUGUCCCAAUCAUUGUUGUCAGCUGUUGAUGUUCAUCAAGUAAUGGAUUCUCAAUCUGCAGGAAUUGUAUCUAACACAAAUGUCAGUUUGUCAUCUUUCACCAACACUGCAAGCAGUUCAAAUUCAAGCCAAAGACAUCGUAUGCUGGACCUUCCUGUUGCAAUCCCAGGUGAUCAGCAAAGAAUGAUUGAUAACAUCAACUCUUUGAUUGAAGAGUUGGCAUUGGAAAAAGAAUCUCUUGCAAGGGCUCUAAAAACAGAAUCAUCAGAAGUUACUAAGCUAAAAGCUUCAAACCAGGAGUUAUCUCAGAAGUUGGAGUCACAGACUCAAAGACUAGAGCUUCUGAUUUCUCAGAACAUGGCCCAUGGCAGUAGUGCAGUGGGGCCUAGGAAUAUUGUCAAUAUGCAGGAUGAAUUAGAGUACGUGGAUGAAGGGGAUGAGGUGGUUGAAAGAGUAUUGGGAUGGAUAAUGAAGCUUUUUCCUGGAGGUUCUUCGAAGCGUCGUACCAGCAAACUUUUGUGAUAUAGCAUUAAAAUAUUGCCUUCAACUACUAGACUUCCCAACUUUCUGUCUCUAACCAUUUUGAUGGUCUCAGGCUCUCAGCAGGAUGUGGCUUUUCCAUGCAGGUCUUGUGUAUCAUAAGGUUUUAGUUAAAUCCAUUCUUUGGAGUGCAAACCUCUUGGGGUUAUAGCUCUCCGUGAUGCUGUAUGGGUUCUUUUUUGCAGAUUUGAGAUGCACAAUUUCUAUCUCUAGCAGGCACACAGAAUUGACUACAAAGGUCUUCAAGUGUUUGACCAUAAAGAAAAUAAUGAGAUUUAAGAGGUGAUUUUCUGAUUGGAUUGUUGCUCAGUUUCUUACAAAGGCUUACAAAGGCUGCUUUUCAUUGCAAGAAGCAUGAAUGCCUACGUUAUUCAAUUGUCAUGGUGAGAAGCAUAUUUCUUUUUUGAUCUUCAAAGAAUGUCUAAGAAAUGCAUAACUUGAAUUAUUCAAGUACCUUGUAAAUCAUGGAGGGUAAGUUCUUCAGGGCUCUAUUACCACUGGGGACAGAAAUCAAUUUUUUCUUGAAGAUGUAUGGCAUACCUAAAAGUUAAAUUUGCCCAAUUUUCAUACGGAUGCUGGAUAAAUAUUAAUUUUCUGCUAUCUCAUAAGCACAAUUGCUUAUUAUCAAGGUUUUGAAUAAGAAAUGCAAGUUACAUGUA